CCUCAAGCAAAAGUGGAAGCGCGAGAAAGCGAAGAAUAUCCGCGACGUCAUGGCCACAGGUAGGCUUUCCUCGUUUCUUCUGAAUUGGCAAUGAGAUAUGGUAUUUUACAGGAGGCGGGCCACCACCUCCACCCAUGGACGAGCGCCUAGCGCAAAUUGAGGCCAUCGUGCCGCACCUGGCCGUCAGGGUUCCAAACCCGUUCGACAGCGAUCGUCCUCUACGCCUGCCUGGUACAGAAACUGUGAAUGACAUCGUCAAUGGAAUGAUACAAGCGAGCGGACGGGACGACAGUGAUGACGAUGCAACACUGGACCUGAGCGACAGUGAUGGUUUCAUCAUGCAGUCAAUGGGUCACAGCAGCCCCACACCAACUAGGAGCAGCAGUAGUGGACGUGCACAGACAAGUGUUGAUGAAAACUGCAGGGUGGACGAUGCUGCUGGUGGGUCAAGCACAGAUACCCAAGCUGCAGCUCCUGAGCCAUUUGUGCCAAUUAUUCGCACUGGCCGACUGGGUGUUUUGCAACAGGCGUUGGACACUGAGCUAGCCGCUCGGGUCGACGCAAAAACCACAGAAAAAAAACACAGGGAAGCUGAACACAAAGAACGAAUGAGGCUACUGAAGGAGGAGCAUGACUUCAAAAUGCAGGGUAUCAGGGAGCUGCACGCCGACGAAAGGUGCAUACGGAAGAUGCAACACAGGAUGCAGAUUCGAGUGCUGAAACAAAACCAAGAAGUGCAGAAAAUAAAAUGA